GACCAGCUCUACUUGGUGUGGGCAGGAUAUGCUCUGUAACCUCUUCUGUGUCGCUCAACUAGAAUUAGCCCUAUAGAUUUAGCUUGUAGCAUCGAUGUUCAGGCCUCUCUGACAAAACCCUCCAGAUUUUCUACGCGUGCACACACACACACAACCACACACACCUCAUGUUUCUUUAGCAGUCCGGGUGUUGUGCAGGCGAAGAGAAACAGCGCUGGCAGAGAAGACCCGUGUGCGGCUACAUGUGUGACCAUUUACUCACGGCUUCCCACACAGCCUUAGCUAACGGCUAGAUCUAUUAGGCCUAAUUAUUGAUCUGUUUUUGAGGAACUUUUAGUGUACUUGGCAAAAAAAAAGGACAUUUUAUUUUUUUUAAAGACAUUUUUCUUGCCAACUCGAAAAAACAAACAAAAAAGUUUCGGUUUUGAAUUUAGUUGGGACUCAUAAAUCAUAAUGUGGGAGUUUCGCUCUAUGAUGUUUUGGAGGGCGGUGUUUGCCGAGUUUUUCGGCACCAUGUUCUUCGUGUUCUUCGGGAUGGGUGCCGCUCUACGCUGGACCACCGGGCCGUACCAUGUCUUCCACACUGCUCUCUGCUUUGGUUUUGCUGCUGCCACACUCAUUCAAUCCAUCGGCCACAUCAGCGGAGGACACAUUAAUCCGGCUGUCACCUUUGCAUACUUAGUCGGCUCUCAGAUGUCUGUGUUCAGAGCUUUCUUCUACAUUUGUGCUCAGUGUCUGGGGGCCAUGGCAGGAGCCGCGGCGCUCUACGGAGUUACACCCAACAACAUGAGGGGCACGAUGGCACUUAACACGCUUCAGCCUGGCAUGAGUCUGGGAAUGGCCACCACAGUGGAGGUGUUCCUCACUAUGCAGUUGGUGGUCUGCGUUUUCGCUGUCACUGAUGAAAGAAGAAAUGGACGUCUGGGUUCUGCUGCUCUGUCCAUUGGAUUCUCUGUUACUAUGGGCCACCUGAUGGGGAUGUACUACACUGGAGCUGGAAUGAACCCAGCCAGGUCUUUCGCCCCUGCUGUAAUCACCAGGAAUUUCAUCAACCACUGGGUGUACUGGGUGGGUCCGAUGAUUGGUGCUGCUAUGGGUGCCAUCUUCUAUGACUUCUUCCUGUUCCCCCGUAUGCGGGGCUUCUCUGAGCGGCUAGCCACGCUGAAGGGCAGUCGACCCCCAGAGGCCGAGAACCAGCAGGAGACCCGCGGGGAGCCCAUCGAGCUCAAGACUCAAACCCUAUAAACCUGCAGAGAAGUUGUGGACCGAAUCUGGCUCUACCUCACUGGACCAUCUCACUGCCCUGAGCAGCCAAUAAAACUCCUGCGACGCAACACCAGAGACCCGCAGAGGGUCGCAUUUACACGGCAAGAUCAGUAAGGGAGCAGAAAUGAGUACAUUACUCCGGGUAGUAUUCUAGGUUUGCUGCUAGUACCAGUGCAGGGUGGAGGGCGGUUCUGAGGUGGGGUUGUGGGCGGGGCUUAUGUUGUGGGAGGGGCUGUAGCAAUUUAUUUAGGCAUGCUUUUCACUUUUCAUCUGACUUCAUUUUCACAAUUCAUUUUCAAUUUUUCGUUUUCUACAAACAACAAGAUGUGGAUGUACGCAACUUAACCAGGGUUUCACACUUUUUAUUUUCUGUGAGAGUUCAAGUGAGUGCAGCUUUGUGGGUCUUUCUGUGUGUGUGUGUGUGUGUGUGUGUGUGUGUGAGGGAGAGCGUGCCAAGGUAUGUUUGUGUGUUUCGCUUGUGCACGACCAAGUGUACUGUAUGUGUGUGUGUGUGAGUGAGUGAGUGUGUCUGUCAUCUGAGCAUUUCUUUUGGGUUUUUAUCAUUACAGCUCGCUCGUGUUUGUACCAUGCUUGUUUUUUUUUCCCUUUCUUAUUUUUACGGGACUCUAAAACACCCCAAACUGUAUUGUUUGCUAUGAUCUUCCAUUCACUUUUUAUUCACACAAACCACCCAUGGACUGAGCUGUUUUAAACACAGCCAGUCCUUGCCACCAGUCUUUACAAUUACUUCGAGUUUACAGUGUCUGUGUUGCCUUUCAUAAAAUCUUGUUUGAGGAUAACAUCCAUGACUGGGCAAGUAAAGCAAUAUGAAUCAUAUCUGAAUGCAAAUAAAUACAUGAAAAGAAA